GGUUUGGUUACUUGUUAGAGCUACACCAAAAUGGAGUGUUUGAAAUCCCCUUUCAUAUUCUCCACUCCACUUGUCCCUCCGCCUUUCAAGAAGAAGAAACCCCGUCACGUUCUCAUCCGCUGCUCCGUCCAGCGCGACCCAUGGUCCCCGAGCUCCGGCGACCCCGCGCGGCCCAAGCCCAGGACGAGGAGCCCGAAGAAGCCGCUGUCGGACGACAACGCGCGGCGCAUCAUAAAGAGCAAGGCGGCGUACCUGAGCGUUCUGCGGCGGAACCAGGGCCCGCAGGCGCAGACCCCGCGGUGGAUAAAGAGGACCCCCGAGCAGAUGGUGCAGUACCUGCAGGACGACCGCAACGGCCACUUGUACGGCAGGCACGUCGUCGCCGCCAUCAAGAGAGUCCGCUCUCUCUCUCAGAGACACGACGGAGACUACGACAUGCGGAUGGAGAUGGCUUCCUUCGUCGGCAAGCUCACCUUCAAGGAGAUGUGCACUGUGCUCAAGGAGCAAAAGGGGUGGAGGCAGGUCAGAGACUUCUUUGCUUGGAUGAAAUUGCAGCUGAGCUACCGUCCAAGUGUAAUUGUCUACACAAUAGUGUUGCGCCUGUAUGGCCAAGUUGGAAAGCUGAAACUGGCUGAGGAGAUCUUCUUGGAGAUGCUUGAUGCAGAUUGUGAGCCUGAUGAAGUUGCUUGUGGUACCAUGCUUUGUUCAUAUGCCAGAUGGGGACGUCAUAAGGCUAUGCUGUCCUUUUAUUCCGCUGUAAAAGAAAGGGGAAUAUUUCUCUCUGUUGCUGUCUUCAACUUUAUGUUGUCUUCUUUGCAAAAGAAAUCACUCCAUAGAGAGGUUGUAGAGGUGUGGAAGGAUAUGUUAGAAAAAGGGGUGAUACCUAAUAGUUUUACUUAUACAGUCGCCAUCAGCUCUCUUAUCAAAGAAGGGCUGCACGAAGAUGCUUUCAAGACUUUUGAUGAGAUGAGGAAUAAUGGAAUUGUUCCCGAGGAGGUAACUUAUAGCCUUCUUAUAAAUUUAAAUACUAAAAUUGGCAACAGAGAUGGAGUCCAAAGACUGUAUGAGAAUAUGAGGAUUCAAGGAAUAAUUCCUAGUAAUUACACUUGUGCUUCACUUCUAUCUUUGUAUUACAAAUAUGAGGACUACCCUAGAGCCCUGUCCCUUUUUUCAGAAAUGGUACGCAAUAAAAUUUCUGCUGAUGAAGUCAUAUAUGGUUUGCUUAUAAGAAUUUAUGGCAAACUUGGUUUGUAUGAGGAUGCUCACAAAACAUUUGAAGAGACAAAGCAGCGGGGCCUACUCAGUAGUGAGAAAACAUAUUUGGCAAUGGCACAAGUCCAUCUUACUUCAGGAAAUGUAGACAAAGCCUUGGAAGUUAUUGAACUCAUGAAGUCUAGCAACCUAUGGCUCUCUCGAUUUGCUUAUAUUGUGCUGCUGCAGUGUUAUGUGAUGAAAGAAGAUGUAAUAUCUGCUGAAGGAACAUUUGUAGCUCUCUCCAAGACAGGACCACCUGAUGCUGGUUCUUGUAAUGAUAUGCUCAGUCUGUACAUGGGACUUAAUUUGAUGAAUAAGGCUAAGGAGUUCAUUGUCCGAAUAAGGGAGGAUGGGACACAUUUUGACAAGGAGCUUUAUAGAACAGUUAUGAAAGUUUAUUGUAAGGAGGGAAUGCUGCCAGAAGCUGAGCAGUUGACAAAUCAGAUGUUUAAGAAUGAAUCUUUUAAAAAUGACAAGUUCUUGAUGACAUUUUAUUGGAUUCUUUGUGAACAUAAGGGGGAUGCGCAAUCUGAUAAUGAACUUGCGGCCAUUGAGCCUGUUGACAAAUUUGAUGCUACAGCUCUAGGGCUGAUGCUCAGUUUAUACCUGACAAAUGGAAGCUUCAACAAAACUAAAAUAUUACUGAAGUUGUUGGGUUAUGCUGCUGGGGGUUCAAAAAUUGUUAGUCAGCUCAUCAUCAGCUUGUCUAAAGAUGGAGAAAUCAGUAAAGCAGAAUUGCUUAACCAUCAAUUAAUUAAGCUUGGCUGCAGAAUGGAAGAAGCCACUGUAGCAUCUCUAAUUAGCCAUUAUGGCAAACAACAAAUGCUGAAACAAGCGGAAGAUAUCUUUGCAGAAUAUGUAAAUUCUCCCACAUCUAGUAAACUACUGUAUAACUCUAUGAUCAAUGCAUAUGCCAAAUGUGGUAAACAAGAAAAAGCAUAUUCACUAUACAAACAAGUAACAGAGGAAGGAUGUGAUUUGGGUGCUGUUGGAAUUAGCAUUGCCGUAAAUUCUUUGACCAAUGGAGGAAAACAUCAGGAGGCAGAGAAUAUUGUUCGCAGGAGUCUUGAAGAAAAUUUGGAGCUUGACACUGUGGCUUAUAAUACCUUUAUCAAAGCCAUGCUUGAAGCAGGAAAAUUGCAUUUUGCAUCCAGCAUUUUUGAGCGCAUGUGCUCCUCUGGUUUUGCUCCAUCAAUUGAAACAUUCAACACCAUGAUAAGUGUCUAUGGACAAGACCAAAAGUUGGAUAAAGCAGUGGAGAUUUUCAACAAAGCUAGCUCAUUUGGUGUCUCUUUGGAUGAAAAAACAUACAUGAAUUUGAUUGGCUACUAUGGGAAAGCUGGUAUGAUGCUUGAAGUUUCACAGUUGUUCAGUAAAAUGCAGGAAGAAGGUAUAAAACCUGGAAAGGUGAGUUACAAUAUCAUGAUCAACGUCUAUGCUAAUGCUGGAGUUCUUAAUGAAACGGAGAAACUUUUCCAGGCCAUGCAGAGACAAGGUUGUUUGCCCGAUUCUUUCACGUAUCUUUCCCUUGUCCAAGCAUAUACAAGGAGCCUGAAUUAUUCUAAAGCGGAGGAAACCAUACAUGAUAUGCAGAGCAAAGGCAUUCCACCAUCUUGUGUUCAUUUUAAUAUUUUACUCCACGCUUUCACAAAAGCUGGGUUGAUUGAUGAAGCCAAGAGGGUUUAUGACAAGCUAUCUACUUUUGGUUUAAUUCCUGAUCUCGUAUGUUACCGAACAAUGCUGAAUGGUUACCUGAAAUGUGGAUGUGUGAAGGAAGGAAUAAACUUUUUCGAAAGUAUAUAUGAAUCAACAAAAAGCGACGGGUUUAUCCUGAGUGCAGCUGUGCAUUUUUACAAAUCUGCGGGAAACGAAAGCAAAGCUGAAGAAAUAUUAAGUUCAAUGAACAACUUGAGGAUCCCAUUCCUCAAGAAACUAGAAGUUGGAUCAGGUGAAAGAUUGAAAACUCCAUGAGAUGUAGUGCAUGUUUGGUUUUAUUUCCUUGAUCAACAUUCUUUUGUGAUUCACGCAACUAAAAGUUGCGUUGGGUGAUCCGUGUCCAGCUCACAUACUGUGAAUCCACGUAUAGAUAAACUACUUCUGUCGGAAAUACUUGGGCUUUAGAAGCAUGAUGAUGAAAAAAGAGACGGUUAAGAAAAAAACAUAUAAAUCUAAUCAAGCUGGUAAUGGUGAUGGUGGAGGCUGCUGCAUGAUGCUGCCAACGAUGAUUGGUUCAGAAGUACUUUUGCCCGUGAUGAGGACCUAAUACAAUUAAAUGCAGUGUGCCUCAGUCAAUUAAAUCUUGCGCUUGGACCCAGGGUAAACAUUUGCUAUUAUCAAAGGAAUGGACUACAGAGGAUAUUGGAAGUGUUUGUUAGGGUACUUCCAGUGACAGCAUUUGGGUUUCGUGUAUAACUGACUUGACUUGCCCCUUCUCUUUUUCUCACUAUUUGACCGGGGUACAAGAUUUUGUUCCUUAUUGUAGUGUAUACUGCUUCAAAUAAUGUAUAGAAUCAUAGGAAAAUUUAACUUGAUGUAUCAAUGGCUGUUAUACCUUAAAUCUUCCGCUGUUACUACCUUCUGUGGGAUUUUUGAUGCGUGAGGUGCUCCACCCGAAUAGGAAAAGAUAUAUAAGGGGCAAGACAAUUCCUAUAUUCUAUUUAGAUUUUUGAGAGACCUGCUGUGGGUUCGAAUUAAUUUGAAAGCAGGGCAAGAAAAGUUGAAUAACCAGCUUAGAUUUUUCCACUUGCUCUAGAAUUUACAGACCUUCUGCCGGCUUUUGCUCAGUUACUAAAUACUAUGGUGAAAGAUUAUUGUUAAUUAAAUAGUAAUGCAACUUGGAUGAUGGGAGUAAAUUUGUAGGGCACAUUUUCCUUAAAGGAUGGUGUUCAAAUUUUAUUAAA